CGACAAGCCACGAAACAUUUCCACGUGGAAUUGAGGAGGCAAGGUCGUAAAACAGUCAAAUGUGGCUUCCAUUUCCGCGACAGAGGCCAGGAUAACUUAAAACAGCAACUCUUUGGAAGAAGCAUUUUCUUACAGUUUCUAUGGCUACAGCAAGAAGUCCAGUUAAAGUGCCAUGUGAAAAUGAAGACUUACUUGAAAAGGAAAAUGCACCAGAGUUUGACGAGGACACUUUACAAGCCACAGCUGAUGUUUAUAGGAAUGAGGGUAAUGAGGCCUUCAAGAAAGGAGAUUUCAUCAGUGCUAUUCAUUUUUACAGCAAAGGAAUUAAAAUGAACUGCAAUGAGAAAGAACUGAAGGCCAAACUGUACAACAACAGGGCUAUUGCACAUUUUAAACUUGGAAAUCACCAGAAUUCACUAAGGGAUGCAGAAGCAGCCGUUGAGUUAAAUCCAACUUUCCUCAAGGCAAUUGUGAGAGGAGCCACUGCCUGUGUUGAACUGAAGAGAUUUAAAGAAGGAAUCACUUGGUGUGAUAAGGGAUUAGCUAUUGACAACAGUCAUAGGAUUUUGUUGUCAUUAAGACUUCAGUCUGUGGAAGGAGUGGGAGAUAAGUCCAUGGAGGAAAAAGAUGACAUUAGUUAUGACCAUGGUGUUCCAAGUUCAGGUGAUGUCCAGAAAGUCAUUGACCUCUAUAGUUGGGGAGCCAAGCAUGGGGAGGGUAACACCUAUGGCAAUCUUGGCAAUGCUUAUCACAGUCUGGGUGAUUUCAAGAAAGCAUUAGAGUACCACAACCUACUUCGUAAAGUAGUCAAAGAAGUAGGAGACAAGCAUGGGGAGGGUAAAGGUUAUGGCAAUCCUGGCAGGGUUUAUCGCAGUCUGGGUGAUUUCAAGAAAGCCAUAGAGUACCACAACCUACAUCUUAAAAUAGCUAAAGAAGUAGGAAACAAGCAUGAGGAGGGUAACGCUUAUCACAAUCUUGGCAAUGCUAAUUACAGACUGGGUGAUUUCAAAAAAGCUAUAGGGUACCACAACCUACAUCUUAAAAUAGCUAAAGAAGUAAGAGACAAACGUGAGGAGGGUAAAGCUUAUGGCAAUCUUGGCAGUGUUUAUUGCAGUCUGGGUGAUUUCAAAAAAGCCAUUGAGUACCACAACCUACAUCUAAAAAUAGCUAAAGAAGUAGGAGACAAACAUGAGAAGGGUAAUGCUUAUGGCAAUCUUGGCAUUACUUAUCACAGUCUGGGUGAUUUCAAAAAAGCCAUAGAGUACCACAACCUACAUCUUAAAAUAGCUAAAGAAGUAAGAGACAAGCAUGGGAAGGGUAAAGCUUAUGGCAAUCUUGGCAUUGCUUAUGACAGACUAGGUGAUUUCAAGAAAGCCAUAGAGUACCACAACCUACAUCUUAAAAUAGCUAAAGAAGUAGGAGACAAGCAUGGGGAGGGUAAAGCUUAUGGCAAUCUUGGCAAUGCUAAUUACGGACUGGGUGAUUUCAAAAAAGCCAUAGAGUUCUACAACCUACAUCUUGAAAUAGCUAAAGAAAUAGGAGACAAGCAUGGGGAGGGUAAAGCCUAUGGAACUCUUGGCAGUGCUUAUCACAGUCUGGGUGACUUCAAAAAAGCCAUAGAGUACCACAACCUACAUCUUAAAAUAGCUAAAGAAGUAGGAAACAAGCAUGGGGAGAGUAAUGCUUAUGGCAAUCUUGGCAUUGCUUAUCACAGUCUGGGUGAUUUCAAAAAAGCCAUAGAAUUCUACAACCUACAUCUUGAAAUAGCUAAAGAAAUAGGAGACAAGCAUGGGGAGGGUAAAACUUAUGGAAAUCUUGGCAUUGCUUAUGACAGACUGUGUGAGUUUAAAAUAGCCAUAGAGUGCCACAACCUAGAUCUUAAAAUAGCUAUAGAAGUAGGAGACAAGCAUCGAGGGGGUAGUGCUUAUGGCAAUCUUGGCAUUGCUUAUUACAAUCUGGGUGAUAUCAAAAAAGCCAUAGAGUACCACAACCUACAUCUUAAAACAGUUAAAGAAGUAGGAAACAAGCAUGGGGAGAGUACCGCUUAUUGCAAUCUAGGCAAUGCUAAUUACAGACUGGGUGAUUUCAAAAAAGCCAUAGAGUACCACAGCCUACACCUCAAAAUGGAAAAAAAAGUAGGAGACAAGCAUGGGGAGGGUAAAGCUUAUGGCAAUCUUGGCAAUGUUUAUCACAGUCUGGGUGAUUUCAAGAAAGCCAUAGAGUAUCACAACCUACAUCUUGAAAUAGCUAAAGAAAUAGGAAACAAGCAUGGAGAGGGUAACGCUUCUGGCAAUCUCGGCAUUGCUUAUGACAGUCUGGGUGAUUUCAAAAAAGCCAUAGAGUACCACAACCUAAAUCUUAAAAUAGCUAAAGAAGUAAGAGACAAGCAUGGGGAGGGUAAAGCUUUUGGCAAUCUUGGCAUUGCUUAUGACAAACUGGGUGAUUUCAAAAAAGCCAUAGAGUACCACAACCUACAUCUUAAAAUAGCUAAAGAAGUAGGAGACAAGCAUGGGGAGGGUAAAGCUUAUUGCAAUCUUGGCAUUGCUUAUCACAGUCUGGGUGAUUUCAAGAAAGCCAUAGAGUAUUACAACCUAGAUCUUAAAAUAGCUAAAGAAGUAGGAGACAAGCAUGGGGAGGGUAAAACUUAUGGAAAUCUUGGCAUUGCUUAUGACAGACUGGGUGAGUUCAAAAAAGCCAUAGAGUGCCACAACCUAGAUCUUAAAAUAGCUAUAGAAGUAGGAGACAAGCAUGGAGAGGGUGGUGCUUAUGGCAAUGUUGGCAAUGUGUAUCGAACUCAGGGAGAUUUGAUCAAGGCCAACAAGUCAUUCAAGCUAAUGCUCAAAAUUGCCAAAGAGGUCGAAGACAAAUCCUUGGAGGCAAUGGCCCACUGUUCAUUAGGACCCGUUUUUGAGUUGCAGGGUCGACUGCCAAAAGCUGUUGAAUCUUACCGAGCUAGCAUAACCUUAUUUAAUUCCUUGAGAAUACUUCUAAAAUCUAAAGAUGAAUGGAAAGUUAAUUUUCGAAAUCAGUAUCAAAUGGCGUAUACGGGUUUGUGGAGAGUUCUCGUAAAACAAGGUAAUAUAGAUGAAGCCUUACUUGCCGCUGAUAAAGGACGAGCCCAAGCUCUCACCGACCUUAUGGAAUCCCGUUUUUGUGGUGGAACAAGUCAGUACAAGGGAAGCGAUGAAGAUUUAGCAGUUUUAAAAAACGUUCCAUCAAACACUGUCUUUCAGGCAAUGGACAGAGCUGACGUCAAUCUUUGGGUUGUGUCCGAAGGAAAACAAGUUCAGUUAAGACAAAGUAAACUCAAUGGUUCUGUUUCAGAGAACAGUGGGGCUAGUCAGUCCUUUGAGUCGUUCAUGCUCGGUGUCUAUACACAACUUGGUGUUCGUUCUAAUGUGAGAUGUGAGAACCGAUCUUUGGAUGCUUUGAGCGAGGACCGUUCAAAAGUGGAUCAGGAAACGAAAGAAGACAACCCUCAAGCUUCCAUCCAACAAAACAAAUGCUUGAGCACUUUGUAUAAUACCGUUAUGAAGCCGGUGGCUGACUUGGUUCAAGGGGAUGAGCUACUCAUUAUUCCCGAUGGACCCCUGUGGCUCGCUCCUUACGCUGCAUUGAAGGAUGGUAAUUCUAAAUACCUGUGUGAAUCGUUCAGAAUCCGUCUCGCUCCAUCGUUAACUAGUCUUAGACUCAUUGCCGAUUGCCCAGAUGACUAUCACAAAAGCAGUGGUGCGUUACUUGUAGGAGAUCCGUGGGUAGCCGAGGUUACCAACAGCCAGGGAGAGAAACUCCUCGAGCAGCUUCCUUGUGCUAAAGAAGAGGUAGAAAUGAUCGGAAAAAUUCUGAAUGUCACGCCAAUCACUGGCAGAGAAGCCACGAAACGUGAGGUGUUGAAAAGACUCAGUUCCGUUUCCUUAGUUCACUUUGCGGCACACGGAUGUAUGGAAACUGGCGAAAUUGCUCUUACACCUGACCCAGACCGAAUAUCUACUAUGCCAACGGAAGAGGAUUACAUUUUAACAAUUGGAGAUGUGAUGAAUGUUCAACUUCGCGCCAAACUAGUUGUACUUAGUUGCUGCUACAGUGGUCGGGGCGAGAUCAAGGCUGAAGGUGUGGUUGGCAUUGCGCGCGCUUUUAUGGGGGCUGGUGCUCGGUCUGUUGUGGUUUCCCUGUGGGCGGUUGAAGACAAAGUUACUCUUGAGUUCAUGAAAUGCUUUUAUCAACACCUUGCAGAAGGUAAACCUGCAAGCGAGUCACUGAACCUGGCUAUGAAAAACCUCAGAGAAUCAGACGAGUUCCGCGAUAUCAAAUACUGGGCGCCCUUUUUACUGAUUGGAGAUGACGUUAGUCUUGAUUUCAUGGCAUAGGAAAGAUAAAAUUUGAAUUUAAAAUCACAUAAAUAAUUUUUUUUAUCUCAGAAAGAAUGACGCAGUAACUUGGAAGGUUUAAAUGUUUCUCUGUUUUGGCAAUUUUUGGCUAUUUUUUAUUACUUUUACUUUUCUGUUAAAUGGAACUUGAGACGUGUAACUUUAAUUUGGCGAAAAAAUAAAACAGACUAUUUCAUUUUAUUUUGA